AUGGCAGAACUCUCUGACUUUCUGGACAUCAUUACUGACAAGAAGUGUUUCACCCAGACAAUACCCCCUGGGAAAAAUGACUCAGGUGGCUUUGCUUCUGUCAAUGUCAGAGGAAACCUCCUCUUCAAAGUCUUCUUGAAGCUGAUAGAGUUGGCAGCUCUGCCCUGGAGAACUCUUUCAGAUUGUCAGCAGAAGCUUAAGGACUGCACUGGCCAAAAAGUCUGGAUGGAUGGUGACUUCCUCAAGUUUCACAGAAAGAAGCCCCACAAAAUUUGGAAAGAGACAGUUUACCCUAUGUUUUCCUUCAUUAGUGCUGUCCGUGUCUCAGCCAUGAAAAAAAGGGAGACAGCAGCUUACGUGGAGUACCUCAAAGUUCAUCUUAUUUUUCACAACAGGGAUAAUGUGGAAUGGUCAGAAGAGCAGGAAGCCAGUGCCAGGAGUAAAGUUCAAGAGAACAGCUCACAGCUAUUGCCACAAGAUAAACAAGAGGAAUAUGAGGUGAAUGCUAAGAGAUACUGGGAUGACUUUUAUAAAAUCCACGAAAAUGGCUUCUUCAAGGACAGGCACUGGCUGUUCACUGAAUUUCCUGAGCUGGCACCUAACAGGAACCCAAGUCAAAAUGGGGAUUCUGUGCAUAAAUUUGGUAACAAAGAAGAAUCCAACAAUGAAGGGCUGGGAAGCUGUGAAAAUGGACAUUGUUCAUUGGAAACCAGGGCAGAGAAUCAGUUAAACCUGAUAAAAAUCACACCUGAGAUCUGCACAAAGGAGUUGGCUGCACAGAAGUAUAGUGAGCUGAAUCAAAGCGAUGGAGAUUACCCAGGAUCAUCUGCAUCUUAUCGUAUAUUAGAGGUUGGCUGUGGUGCUGGAAAUACAGUCUUCCCAAUUUUACAAACCAACAAUGACCCAGGCCUUUUUGUUUAUUGUUGUGAUUUUUCUACAACGGCUGUGGAUCUUGUCCAGAACAAUGCAGAAUAUGAUUCUUCUCGCUGCUUGGCCUUUGUCCAUGACCUGUGCAAUGACCAAAGUCCUUUCCCAAUGCCAGACGAGAGUCUUGACGUUGUUAUUCUUAUCUUUGUCCUCUCAGCGAUUCUCCCAGAGAAGAUGCAAUGCAUCGUUAACAGACUGAGUCGCCUUCUGAAACCAGGAGGAAUGAUUUUGUUACGAGAUUAUGGCCGUUACGAUCUGGCCCAGCUUCGGUUUAAGAAAGGUCAGUGUCUGUCUGAUAACUUCUAUGUGAGAGGUGAUGGCACCAGAGUCUACUUCUUCACACAAGAUGAGUUAGAUGAUCUCUUCACAACAGCUGGGCUGGAGAAAAUCCAGAAUCUGGUCGAUCGGCGAUUGCAAGUGAACCGUGGGAAACAAAUGACGAUGUAUCGAGUCUGGAUCCAGUGCAAAUACCGCAAACCUGCCAGCCCUCCGCUGUGAGGAGACCAGAAACUGUCUGGGUUGGAGCCUCCUCGCAGCCACGGGCAGUGGCUCCUCCUGGUGAGAUGUGGCUUUGUGGAGUUCAGCGCACACAGGACCUCAGUGCCUUUUACAGUGCCUAGCAUCACUUCAAGUGAGUUUUGCUAAGGACGAAUGCCCUAAGAGGAGACCAAGCGGUAUUUUAAAUGUCUUGCUACUGGUCUGAAUUUUUAAAAUUAUUUAUGGUUUUAACAACUUAAGAAAUGGUCAUGCUGUCUUACAGCAGCUGAGCAAGUUGAGUAGCGAGUCACUCUUACUCUGGAUUUCCACAUGAAACAGAAGGAAAGCUUCGACCUUACCACUGUGUUGUGUACUCUUGUCUUGGGAACAAAAAAGCUUACAAAAGGUAAAUCUGCUCUUCUCUGCAACUGGUCACUAGGCCUAAUACAAAUCCCUUCACCAGCUUAUCUCAUGCAUCUCUCUUCUAAUAGUUCAGGUUUGUGCAAAUCCACAAGUUAAAAUACACUGAUCGAGGGCAGGAACUGAGAGCAUCCUAGUUUCUCUGUGCCAACUUCCCCAUGGAUGCCUCGUGGUGUGCAGAUAACCUGUGGCGAAAGCAGAUUAUGCUGCCUUGACCUCGCUGUGCACAAGGAUGUUCAUCUGGGCAUCUAGCACGCUGUGGCUCAGGUGCUAUCAGUUCAUAUCAGGUAGGGUUCAGGUUUUCAAAGAUUUGGGGCUGAUGCCAGUUUUGGGGCACCUCCAGAGUGCAGAGUAUCACAAGCAGCUCACAUGACCAGGGUUUACACAGAAUUGCUUGCUUUUUCUGCUUGAACGGUGAGAGACUGUGCUUGCUGGUUGCAGCCCCCGGGUCACAAACUGCACUGCCCUGUCAUGGUGGUGUGCUAAACCUAAGCAGACAAGACACCUGUCUUUGAUAAGAAAUCUGAGGAAUGUCUACCACUCUUGUUUAAUUUCUUAGAGGAAGCCAACUUUGUGGCUUUCUGAAGGUAUUUCCCCACCUUUGACAGAAAAUAUCUUUUAUCUCAGCUUGUUUUCUUUUGUUAUUUUUAGGGUGUGGUACAACAGGUAUUAGAAUAAAUUUUGUGGUAAUGCUUUUCAAUGCUGGUUUGAUUAAUAUAAACCAGGCUUCCACAGAAACUCACAUGCUUCUGUGUGCCUGAUCUGAAGCAUCUGGGCCACCAUUAAGUAACUACAGGUUUUUUCCUCUUCUGUUAUAAUGAGUCUCAUUAGUGCCUGCUCUCAUCUCUCAAGAAGGGAAAGCCUUGGCUGAUAUCUUCUGCCUUUUUAUAGUUCAUGAAGUAACAAAGUCUAUUGUGUGUGCACCACAACAGAGCAGUUCAUGCUACACAAGGCAUGUAUAUUUUGUUAGCUAGACACUUGUAUUUGUAGCUUGUAGUUGCCCAAGAAUAACUGUCAGCUAUAGAGACAUGUAGGUUAUGAAAUAACUGCUGUCUUGAAACACAGGAGAAAGGGUAAAAAGAUAAGGAAAUGUCAUUGCUAACUUUGGAGAGUCUGCAGGAGUCCUGGGGAGUCAAACCAGAAGCACCCUGAUUUGUAAAGCCUUGGAAGGGGUUGUAGCAAGUCUCUGCUGGGCAUAUGGCAGCAUGAUCAGUUUGUAGCUUCCCUGUUGCUGUGUCACCCUGCAGGUAGGAGUGGCUACUACCCGAAGGCUUCCGGGCCAGGACAUUUCAGCCCUUCCUGUGGAGAGGUGACCCAGCAAAUCCAUCCACGCCACAAAGGCAGGCUGUGGUGCUGGGGUGGGAAUGGAAAUGCACCGUUGCUUUUUUUUUAUACAUCUAGCUCUUGCAUAGUGUUGAAAGGGUGAAAGGGAAGCAGAUAACUGGGAAGAGAAUUCUUGUUCAGUUUGUUGUACUGUAUUUUCUAAAGGGCUAAGAGACAUUCCAGCAUCUGCAAAUGGAAUAGGAGGAGAUGAUGCUUCUUUCUCUCUAAGCACAUUUGGCUUCUGCUGGGCACAAGCCUGACCCAACCCAGAAGCUGUGCUGGCGCUGCUGUGUUUUCAUGCUAAACCUACAAAGUCUGAUUCCCUGGCAAGGUUGGUACCUCAGGCAAGGUCUAGGCAAAACACAGCUCAAGGCAUCUGGGAGCUGAGCAAGAUUGUGUCUCCUCAUCUUAUCCAGGCAAAGAGUCAGGCUUAGCAAAAGAAGUCCUGUGAGUGUUCAGCGUGACGUGAGUCAUGUAACCAGCUCCGUAGCUUUCAGUGAAAGACCUUCCAUGAGUUACUGGUGCCUUAGGCAGUUCCCUGGGGUCCUUCCUUCUUGGUCCCCAGAGGGAGACCUCCUCCUGGGAUAGCUUUAUCUCCCUGGAAGAAAAAUUAUUGACUGGGGUAAACAAACAGCAUAAUUAGUGUGAAUUAAAGUAAUUUGAAAAAUGCCUUAUUAAUCAUCCAAAGGCUUGUAAGCAGCACAGGAAAAUAUGUUUUUAAUUAUAAGCAUGAUUUAUUUAAAGUUGAUGGACUCCCCUUUAAACUCCUGAAUGGGAGAAAAUGAAGGCUAGUAAUUUAUUUGUUUCUACUUUCAAGGCUACAUCCCAGUUGCCUGCCUGGUUUUGACUCUGGCUUCAUGCAAAAACUUGCAGCCCUGUGAGCCUGCAGUCAUUGAAGUGGCUCUUUGCCUUUCUUAAUGCUCUCCAUUCUGCUGGAGUAUUUAAGCAAUCACUGAACAUGAACCAUGCUGGGCAGACAUGCUUUUGUUUCCAGUCCUGUUGGUGGUGUUCAGAAAGCAACAAGUUAAUGGCCUUGAAUUGAGCCAGGCCUCCUACAGACAGAUACUGUCUGAGCUUCCUUCAUUAAUCUCCACCAGCUCCCGUUCCCUCUGAAGCUGCUGCUCUCCUGCGACUCCAGGCCUUGCCUCCCACACAGCUCUGCUCAGGUACCUUGGUCCUGACUUGCAGCAGCUUCUGCCAUUCCCACCUUGGGCCUGCUGAGCAGGCUGGGUUGCACAACGGCUUUUGAGCAUGUUCAAAGGAAAUCUCCAAAUUGACUUUUACAAUUUUGAAAAACCAGGUUAAGUGCCUUUAUUUUUUUGCUCUUUUUUUCUCUUCCUUUUUUAGCACUGUAACAUUAGCUUUAAAGCCAUUCUGAAUGUGUCUGCUCUGGUUUUGUUCCCAGCAUUCCAGUCUUGUGGUCUGUGGCUUACAGGCAAUGCCAACGUAGCUUGUCGAACCUCCCAAGCAGAAAAGUUGAUUUCAUAGCUCUUCAGAGGCACUGCCCCUGCAGUUCUGGAGCCAGACAUUGUUAAACUUUGGAAAGUCUGGUCCUGGCUCUUGCCAGAGGAUGGUGGAUUUCCUUGGAGGUUCAUAGAUUGUUUUGGCUGGAAGGGAACUUUAUCAUCACCUAUUCUGACCCUUUCAAUAACCCUUUCAUGUAGGGAUUAUGCCAUCAAGCCUGUGACUUGGGCUGAGCCAGAACUAAUCCUUCAGAAAGGCUUUCAAUCCAGCUGUGAUGCUGAGGGCUCCAGAGAAUGACAAAGAACCCUUUGCCUCUCCAGGUACAUCGUUCAUCUCACAGCAUCCUGGUUUCACAAAUAGCUGGAAACUGGGAGGCAGGAAGGGAACAGGGGGGGGAAAGAGAGAAAGAGACUGGGGAGUAUUUUGGAUACCAUCACUUCAAAAAUAAAUAAAUUGUAAAUUCCACUGAAAAUUGGAGCUUUUUCAGGAUCUUCCUGACAGCAUAGGAAAGUGAGAAACAGCAGUCAUCUGUAGUGAUUUUUGUUGUUACAACAGUAAUCAUCAAAUGCUUCUGACCAGAAGCAUGUGAGACCAGACACAAUUGUCUUCUCUCCCAAAUACUUUGGCUCCACCAUUUCUAAUUCUGUAGUUAGCUGCAGAGCUCCAGGAUGAAUGAGACCUGAUUAUUUUCAAUAAAGCAGAGGUGUGAGCAGAAGGAACCUCCAUGUAUGCAUGCCAGCGGCUUUUGGCACUGCAUCAUAACUAAAGCUGAAAGAGCUUCCUUUUGUUGUUGGCAUUGGGAUGAGCCCCAGCUGGUCCCCAGUUGGAUUCCCUACAGGAAUCAGAGACACAAACUGGUUUUCCUGAGCACAAAUGUGAGAUGCACAGGUUUGAGUGCUUAGAAGUGAGGGCAUGGAUGAGUCUGAGGCUGCAAGGAUCAAGUUAUUAAGGGAUUUGGGGAGCAUCCUUCCAUCUCUGUAGAGACAGAUGGAGGGAAACCAAGUCACGCAGUCUUCUUUGUUCUCCUGAUAAGUCAGUUGGAUCUGAUUUGUCAAUCAGAGCUGUGCCACCACUUUUGGUUUGGUGCCAUCUUGGGGAAAAUUAGUCCAGAAGAGAAGACACAUGAUCAGGAUCACUUUUGCUUUUGUAGCUAUUCAUCUGCCUUGACAGGGGUGUGUGCUUGGCAGACAUAAUUUUGUACAACGUCCAUAGAAUUCAGAUUCUAACAGUGUUGUCUUAUAUUUUUUCAGGGCAAGAUAGAAAUUACUAGAAAAGCGAGCAGGAGGGAUGAAUUUUUUGGAGGACUCUCCUGCAAAGUGAGGUGCUCUAGAGGGAAAGGAACUGCCAGCUCUGUGCUUAAUCAGCAAAGCUCUGAAGUUUGUGCUUAGCUCUUGCUGAAGGCAGUAAGUUCCUGUGCACAAGUGCCUUGCUGAAUGGGAGCUUGUAUUGCUGAGAAAGUGGGACACAGUGCAGGCAAUUACCUGUGUAGGCAACAGCAAUCUGGACUAAAUAGCAUACAGCUACCUCUCUUAUGGAGAGAACAAGCUAGACCUGGCAGCGUGGCUGGAACACAGGCAGGGAGAAGCAAGAUCAUCUUAGCUAUGUGUGCCUCUGUCCAAAGGCUGUGUGGUAUGGCAGGAGCUGUCAUGCCAGUGAAGGCUUCUACUCUUGAAAAUAACCGUCUUUGACCCAGGGUUGGAUGAGUGGGAGCUGGCUGUGGUUGGAAAGCAUUGAUGGCAAAGAUCACUAGCAGGUCUAACGUGUCAGCACCUGCCUGGAGCUCCCAGCCUGUUGGUCCAUGGCUGUCUCCAGGAAGGAAGAACAUCCUGGUGAGGUUUGGGCCCUGCUGCUCUAAACUGUGCUCCCUGGUAUUGACUAACCCCAAACAGCCUUCACUGCAAGUGUCAAUGCAACGUGUGAACAGCAACUUGAUUUGGGGGUGGAGUGUGACUGUGACUGCUGUAUCCAGGUGGUUUUAAUGUCCAAAGGACCCAUGGAGCUCUUGCAUUUUCAUGUUAUUUGGGGCUUGGGCAGUGCUGGGGGACUGUGGAUGAUCCUUUGGCCUAUGAAACUUACUUUCAGCUCAUGUGAAGCGGGAAGUUGCUGUUUCCAGUCCCAGGGGCCAGGCUCACACCUCGGUGGUGUGCAUGGGGGAUCUGCUCUACAGCUGUAAGGGGAGAGGUACCCUGACACCCUUCUCCAGGGGCACUGGAUGUGGCCUCCCUCUUUUAGAGAGAAAAUGGGCUGAUCUUCCUUCACACUACUUCUUCAUCCAUGGGACCCCCAUCAUCUGGGGGGCACCACCUAGGCAGGUACACUGUGCUGCAGCCACACUUCAAAUUACACAGCCACACGGUUUUUUCCACAUUCACUGCCAAGGGUGGAUGUGAAGAGGUCGAUCAAGGUUGCAUGGAAAACUAAAUAUGGCUUUUCCUCAACUUCAAGUGACUUCUUCCCUGCUGAGACAAGCCUCAUUAUGAAGGUUGGUAGGUAUUUACAGACGUUCACACAGAGGCUGAAUAUACUUAGAGAAAUAUGCAUGCAGUUACUCUAGCUUUACAAUAGGAUGUUGAUUUAAUUUUCCUCUUACACAAAUCUCAAGCAGUUUGUUUAAUUGAGGCUUUCAAAAGCCCUGUAAGGUAGGGUGUUAUUAUGCCCGUUUUAUGCAGGAGGAAGAGAAGCAGGGGGCAAAUCCUGCCGAGAAUAAUACCCUCUCCUAUUCCAGGAGGCUGGUAGUGAGUGAGGACAGGGAAGGACUUGCUGGCGCAAGAAGGAGAAUCACAUCAUUUCAGGUGCGUGCAAAAGAAAAAACAGUAGAUUUUGCUGCUACCGUGUGCUUUGGGGAGAGCAGCCGCAGCCACAGGGGUGUUCCUUUCCUGCCUGAGAGUUUUGGUUGCCCUCGGCUGGGCCUGGGGGUUGCCCGCGCGCGGCCGGCUGCCUCCUCCGGUGGGGAUCGGGGCACCGUGCCCUCCGAGGCUGCGCAUGGCUCUGUGUGUGUGUGGAGGUUGAGGAACCUGGAUGCUUUCCGACUGGGUUUGGGUAUCAAAGCCUCCCUAAUGGGAUACCUGAAGGUGUAGACAGAGGGAGGGGUAGGAACAACCUCCGAGAUAAACUCCAUUGUGUGGGAGGGUGGAGGCUCUCCCAAUGGCCUCAGGAAGGAGUCAGGCGAUGGCAUGUUAUCUUUGAGUAGCUGAGAUACCAACUUUCUCCCUGUCUAAUGGAAAUGAGGAAAGACCCUUUUAACAUUCCUAGGGAGGGAAAGGGUUCCUAAGGAGGGAAAGGCUGUGCUACGAGCCCUGACCUUACUAGAUGCACUAGAAUCCACACAAGGGUGAGACGUUUGAAUGCCCCAAGUCUAGAAAAAUCUUCAUUUGCAACUUCUGCCUCGUUAGGGUGCAGCAGAAUCUGCUCUGCAGACCAGGGUUGGCCUCUUCUGGAUGUGAUGCCCAGAGGUGAGAUUAUCCCUCAGAGCUAAAACCUUAAGAGACCUGCUGAGUGCUGAGCUCUUGUUGGAGAGGGGAGGGAUCUCAAUGGCUGUAAAAUUUUUGUAUUUGAGAUCACUGAUGCCAGCUUUUACGUUUUAAAGGCUCAAGCUGUUUGAUGCUUUUCUCCAGUCCCCAGCUCCCAGUGUUGUGCUAUCACUGAGCAAUCUCAGCUCUCUUCUUUGUGUGUGUGUUACAUUAUGUCAAUACAUUUCUAGACCUCAUGGCAGUACAGAAAUGCUAGGGAAAAUGCAGUCAGAGUAUUUCACAAGCCUGAAAAGCAGAGGUAAAGGAAAGUCACCAAAAACGCAUUAAAAAGAUCAGAAGCUUGAGUUCUGAUAUUUUAUCUUUUCAAAAUUCAAGACAGGAGGAACUUGUUACAUGAUAUAUUAAAACAUCUAUAAAAUCUUACCAAAUUUUGGUCAAGUCUAACGUGGGUUAACAGUGUGAUGUGAAGGCAGGGGUUUGCCCUGCUUUUGCUAAACAUGCUGUGCUGGCUGGAGGGGAGCUCUCGGAGACUGCUCAAGUCAAAUUCAGUGACAAAGAAAAUGGCUGCAGCAGCUGAGUAGUUCUUCAAAACAUGAUACAAGCACAACGUGCCAAGGAUAUUGCUGACAUCCAAGGAGACCAAUGCACGGAGAUGAGAGCUGCCACGGGGGAUGUAAUAGGAAGCAUUAACACUGGCUGAUGGCAGACCUGGAGAGCAGGAUGCUGUACGGGAGGAAUCUGGCAGAGAUGAUGGUGUAGGAGGGCUGGCUUUGCCCCCGUGAAUGAGAUAAUAUUUGGUCAGCCAUGUAUGUGCUGCGUUGCUCCUAACCAUCCCGUCACCAGCUCCCAAACCAGCUCCUCUAAAAGGACCAGAGCUCAGGGGCUCUUACAAAGUUAAUGAAAAAGGGGGAAAACAGAAUAGUUUUCAUGUGUCAUUCAAGUGUGGGCUGGAAGGAGGAGUUUUCCUGCAUGAGAAUUCUUGGAGAUGCAAAUUUUCUCUUGCUGGGCCAGAAAAUCAAAUAUAUUGGAACUGUUCACAAACUGAAAUACUAUGGAGAGAAUGAAGUCGAGAUUGACAGAAUUUUGGUUUCCUAACCUUAAGCAUUCUUUUAGUUCUGAUGCUUUAUAGGCUUUUAGAAGUAGCAUUUUAAAAGUUGCACUAAAUUGCAUU